GGCAUUAUUCAAUGCAACCAAGUCAUCAGAAUAGGGAAUAUAUCAAAAUUGUUCUAACUAACCUGUUUGAAGGACUACAUGAUAGUUAGAGUGAGCUUCUUGGUUGUAACUUCUUCAAUUGCUGUACUCAAGAUUUUAGAAACAAAAACCAAUUUUCCUGCAAAGAGAAGUGAUACAAUGAAAUCUCUAGCUCCAGCAGGAUGUGAUGCAUCACCACACUUGGAACUUAAAUCAGAAGAUAUUGAAAAUAACACUGCAAAUGCUACUUAUUCAAUAAAUCAGAAUGAAGAGAAGCAUAUGAAAAAUGAAACCCCACAGAAAUUGGAUUACGCAACUGAAAAGGAAUUAUUGCAGAAUUUGGUAGAGAAUUACAAGCAAAGGGAAGUGAGCCUUCAAAAGAAACUGCUUCGAUUGAAUGGUCUAAAGGAAGAGCAAUCAGCCAUUGCUCAACUGCGAACACAGCUCGAGGAAAAGAAUGCAAAAUUCGACUUGCUUAAGACAAUCAUUGAUUCAAUGGAGGCAGAGAACAAAACUAUGCAAGAAAAAGCAAGAGAUGAUGGACUAUCAAAGAAGCAUCUAGAAAUAGCUAAGAAGACGCUGAAUGAGAUGGAAAGAAAGAGGAGUUUCGAAGGAAGCCGUGUCGAGGAGCAGAUAUUGAUGCUUGAGAAGCAAGUUACAAAGUUAAAGAAGCAGGAUAGCUCUUCCAGAGGUGCUAAGAUUAUUAAGAAGAUUAAAGAUAUUGAAGGUGUUGGAUUAGAAGCCUUGGAACUGAAGAGAAGAAACAAAGAGCUCGAAUUGGAAAAGAGAGAGAUAGGAGCUAAAUUGAUUACUAUUAAUGAUAAAGUGAAGACGGAGGAGGAAACGGUUGCUUUGAUCAAAGAGGAAAUAACCAGUCUCCGGCAAGUCCAUGAAGGACUUCUAGAGCAAGUUGAAAGAUUGCAAAGAAACCGAUUCGAAAUGGUGGAGGAACUCGUCUACCAACGGUGGCUCUUCACAUGCUUAAGGUAUGAACUCAACCACAGUCUCCAAAAGAGAGCAACAAGGGAAGAGGCCUUAAGAAGAAGUUGCAUAAAGAAUUCAGAAUCAUAUGAGAAGGAUCAAAUUGCAGUAACAUAUGAACAUAAUGAUCCUGAGCUUGAAAGCAAUAAUUCCUCAAACACAACAACAUUGGAUGAUGAUGAUGAUGAUGAGGAUGAUGAGACUGAAACCACCACACUUGAUAAGAGUUCCUCAAGCAGCCAAAGCAGUAGCAGCAAGAGCUCUAGUUUACUUAGCAAAAUGAAGAGAUGGAGAAAGAUCAAACAUGACUGCUCCAAGGAGAAUAAUGUAAUUUCAUCACCAAAGUGUUUAACUAGAUCUGGCACUAUAAGUUCUCCAAUUAGAAGCCAUGGUCUUAUACGCAGGUUUUCCAUGCCAAUGGUGCUUCCUUCAGAUCUAUCAACAAUGCCGUUAUUAUCCCGGAAAAUCGGUUCUAACAGAUCAUUAGAGAGAUCAGUGGUGCAGAAAUCAUUGAAGAGAGUUUCUUUCGGCGAUUGUUCAGUUAAACCAAGUAAUAAUGAACAUGUGUCGGAUGAUAGAGAUUUCUUGGAAAACAAGCAAGAAAACAGCGCGGAACACGAACAAGAAUUGGAUGAUGAAGUAGUAAGCAAAUUGCACUCUCAAAAAGGUGAUAGAGGUUCAGGUUCUGUGGCAGCCAAUUGUUGGAAGGAUCUCAUAACUGCGAAAACGUUCGGAGAUAGCGGUUUCUUGGAAACCAAACAAGAAGAAGAGAUUAGACCUGAUGAACUGAUCAAUUCAAACAAGUCCCUGGUUGGUGACAAUGAAGGAAGCAAGAAUCUCUUACUUGUGCGACUUGUGCAGUUGGUGGCAAUUGUUUUUUUCUCACUAGUCCUGCUGCAAGCUUAUUUCAGGGUCAACUCAAAAUUGGGGCUUAGCAGAAGUGUGAAACGGUAGUAGCAAAUUAUUAUAUAUGCUCUAAUUUUGCAAUGCUAUAUAGAUACAACAUUUCUAAAAAUGAAAUUAAUUAGUCAAUUUUGGUAUGUUUUGCCGUAUAGUCUUACGAAC